GAGCCGAGCGUCCGUCUCGAGUUGCGCGACAUGAACGGCUACGGCUCGCCGUACCUGUACGUGGGCGGCCCGGUGGCGCAGGCGCGCGCGCCGCUCCAGAGGACACCCAAGUGCGCACGGUGCCGCAACCACGGCGUGCUGUCCUGGCUCAAAGGCCACAAGCGAUACUGCCGCUUCAAGGACUGCACGUGUGACAAGUGCAUCCUGAUCAUCGAGCGCCAGCGCGUAAUGGCGGCGCAGGUUGCGCUCCGGCGGCAGCAGGCAAACGAAAGUCUGGAGAGUUUAAUUGCCGAGCCUCCGCCGCCGCCGCAGAGCCACAGAGCCAUGGGCAGCGGAGAGUUACGCUGGAGCGCCGAGCCAAUCAUGGCCACGCAGUCACCAACAGACUUAAAUGACGAUCUCUCAGGUGAGCAAUCUGGAGGAGAAAACAGCGGCAGCACCAGCGAUCGAGAGCAGGAAGCUGCCAGCUCACCUGAGGAACCCAAAGCCAACUCCUGCUUCACUCCUGAAACCCCAGACCCACCGUCUAAUUCUGAUGAGCCUCGUUAUAUCUCACCCAAACCCUGUGCUGACCCAGAACCAAAGCCUGACAGCCCCAAAUCUCCCACUGAGCCCAAUCUGCUAAUCGAAGGUCUCACAGGCUCUGUGUCUCUGCCAUUCAACCUGCGAGCCAACCGUCCUCCUCUGGAAGUACUGAAGAAGAUAUUUCCUUCUCACAAGCCAACUGUGCUCGAACUGAUCCUGAGGGGUUGCGGAGGUGACCUGGUGGGCGCCAUUGAGAUACUUCUCUCCAGUCGCUCUUCAAAUACAAAAAUGGAUAAGCCCUCAUCUGAAAACUCAGAGACUUUAAUCUUGCCCUCCAAUGGCCACCUUUUCGAGCCCUUAAGCUCUUACCCUGUCUCUUCCUCCAAGUGGUCAGUGGGUUCAGCCUUUCGUGUGCCAGAUUCACUUCGCUUUACUCCAGAAUCUCCUGGUGGGGUGAUGCCGACUCCCUUGGGCGUUCCUCUGCAGCCUGGCUUUUCUCAGGCACACCGUUACCCGUUGAUGCUGCGCAACUCGCUGAGUCGUGGUCAAGCUGGGCCUUUUAUGUCCAAUGACAUGACUUUGUGGAAUACCAUGAGCUUGCAGCAACAGUACCAAUUCCGCUCGCAAUACGUCUCGCCUUUCUCAGGGCCAUCAUUCCGUGGAUCACCUCUCCUGCCCUCUAGGUCAGCUCAAGAAGAGCAACGCAUAAGCAUUCAGGAGGAUGCGGCCAAACACACUGUAUAUGCCGCCACCGACGAGGAGUACGAUGAGCGAUCUGACUCCUCAGACUCGAGGAUCCUCAAUACAUCUUCAUAACCUACAAAAGAUACAAACACACCAAAAACCAUGUUACAGAUUGACUGAGAAUGGCAAACAGUUCCCAUACUGUACAUUAUUUGACAUAUUGUGUUGCUCUCAUAGUGAAACACAUGGGCAUCUACCAAAAAUGCAUAAUGAAUAAAUGACUGAACAUUAGUUUGUGAAUAAUAACCACAAAUUCCACCUUGCAUGAAAUGUACUGUGAAUAGUAAUGCAGUGUAGAAAUAGUAAAAAAAUACAGCAUGUAAAUGGAUAUGCCCUGUACCCAGUAUGAAUUCUUAUUGUCAUUUAUUCACAUGAACUAAAUAUAGACAGGAUGUAAAUGUUCAUAGGAUAUUCAUAUUAAUUCAGAAAUCAUUGUUAUUUAAUAUUGUACUUGAAUAUAUACAUUUAAAAAAAAACCUUGAAUAAUUUCAGCAGAUUUCUGUAUUCCUGGAAAUACUUGUUAACUGUGAAAUAUAACAGAGUCCAAAACAAGAAUUGGUUUAAUUUUAUUGUAGCGGGACUGUAAAGAACACAUUUUCAAUUCAUCAAGUACAUAAUUACAGAAAUGUAUUUGAGCACCGAGAAGACAUUUAUCUGCUGAACUGACAGCUGAAAUAGAACAACUGUCUAAAUUGGCGAGGAUGUAAACUCUGAACUGUACAAAGUAAUAUAUCUAAAAUAAUAAAAGCAGAGUGUGACAAUA